GCCGCCGUGGCUAAAGCUGAUAUUGCACUGAUUGGACUGGCCGUCAUGGGCCAGAACUUAAUUCUGAACAUGAACGACCACGGCUUUGUGGUCUGUGCGUUUAACAGGACUGUCUCCAAAGUUGAUGAUUUCCUGGCCAAUGAGGCGAAGGGAACCAAGGUGAUUGGUGCGCACUCCCUGGAGGAGAUGGUCUCUAAGCUGAAGAAGCCUCGGCGAAUCGUACUGCUGGUGAAGGCUGGCCAAGCAGUCGAUGAUUUCAUUGAGAAAUUGGUCCCGCUGUUGGACACCGGUGACAUCAUCGUUGAUGGGGGCAACUCUGAAUACAGGGACACCACAAGACGGUGUCAAAACCUCAAGGCCAAGGGGAUCUUGUUUGUGGGGAGCGGCGUUAGUGGCGGAGAGGACGGCGCCCGGUACGGCCCAUCGCUCAUGCCCGGAGGGAACAAAGCCGCCUGGCCCCACAUCAAGACCAUCUUCCAGAGCAUCGCUGCGAAAGUAGGAACUGGAGAGCCCUGCUGUGACUGGGUGGGAGACGAGGGAGCAGGGCACUUUGUGAAGAUGGUGCACAAUGGGAUUGAGUAUGGGGACAUGCAGCUGAUCUGCGAGGCCUACCACCUGAUGAAGGACGUCCUGGGCAUGGAGCACAACGAGAUGGCACAGGCGUUCGAGGAGUGGAAUAAGACAGAGCUAGACUCGUUCCUGAUUGAAAUCACAGCCAAUAUUCUCAAGUUCCGAGACAGCGACGGCGCUCACCUGCUGCCCAAGAUCAGGGACAGUGCGGGGCAGAAGGGCACGGGGAAGUGGACUGCCAUCUCAGCCCUGGAGUACGGCGUGCCCGUCACCCUCAUCGGAGAAGCAGUCUUUGCCCGAUGCUUGUCCUCGCUGAAGGACGAGCGGAUUCAGGCCAGCAAACAGCUGAAGGGUCCUCAGAAGACCCAGUUCAGCGGGGACAAGACGUCGUUCCUGGAGGACAUUCGAAAGGCCCUCUAUGCGUCCAAGAUCAUCUCUUACGCUCAAGGCUUUAUGCUGCUGAGACAGGCGGCCACUGAAUUUGGCUGGACCCUCAACUAUGGCAGCAUUGCCCUGAUGUGGAGGGGGGGCUGCAUCAUCAGAAGCGUAUUCCUGGGAAAGAUAAAAGACGCGUUUGACCAAAACCCAGGACUCCAGAACCUGCUGCUGGACGACUUCUUUAAGUCAGCCGUCGAAAGCUGCCAGGACUCCUGGCGGCGGGCGAUCAGCACUGGGGUCCAGGUGGGCAUCCCCAUGCCCUGCUUCACCACUGCUCUCUCCUUCUAUGACGGAUACCGACACGACAUGCUGCCAGCCAACCUGAUCCAGGCUCAGCGGGACUACUUUGGGGCUCACACCUACGAGCUCUUAGCCAGCCCAGGAAAGUUCAUCCACACCAACUGGACAGGCCACGGCGGCAACGUGUCGUCGUCUUCAUACAACGCCUAGUCCGCCCCGUACCCACCGCACUCCACAGUCAGGGACAUUCCGUUUGCCACCCAGCGCUGCUUCCACGGUCUGUGCCCUGCGCUCCGCUCAGAUCUGUCAGAAUAAAGUACUGUACGAGGCUCCUGAAAAGCCCGCCCGCUUCCUGUGGAUGGGUCUGUGGGAACAGCCGUGCCCCUGCCCUUGCCUCCUGGGCUGGCGGGACAGGAGCAGCAGCCCCUUGACGCCGUCACUGUCCAUGGAUCCCGUGGAUUCGGGAGGCCCUGCGUCUGCCCCGACGGGUCAGAGAAGGGAAGGGCCUGUGGGAUCUGCUGGGACCUUUGUGUCAUGCAGCUGAGUGCCUCUCUCCUCCCCUAAUAAAGCUCGUCUUCCUCCAGA